CGUCAUUAAACUGACUCGACUAAGUUCACCAUCAGUUGAGAGGAAUUCAUAAUAACUUAUUAGAAAAAAAAAACACGGGGAAAACGCCGUUGAUAUGUCGCUCCUACAUCUGCUGAUGGUCUCCUUAUGUUUCAGUAGAUUAGUUGUCUUGAGCGUGGAGUUAAAACAAUACAAAGAAAAAGAAAAUAUGAGCAAUGGUAGUGUCAGCCUAACUGUAAGUGAUGAAAGAAAAAAUUUUAUAAGCUAUAAUUUAGAAGUAGAAUCAAAUGACAAGGCGCAACGACGAUCAAAUAAUUCAGUUUAUCCUAAUGUGGUGCUCUUCUUGGUGGAUGAUCUCGGGUACGGAGACCUAGGAAUUUCUGGCCAUCCAACCUCCCGGUCCCCAGCCAUCGACCGUUUGGCUUCUCAAAGCAAGAUCUUCACACAUUUUUAUGUCACCAGCCCUGUGUGUAGCCCAUCCAGAGCUUCUCUCCUGACGGGGCGGUACCAAGUGCGCUCCGGAAUCUACCCCGGUGCACUGGGGGCCGACAACCCUCGAGGGCUUCCUCUGAAUGAGACUACCAUUGCGGAAAUCCUUAAGAAGAAAGGAUACCGCACUCUGAUCGUCGGCAAAUGGCACCUGGGCGUUGGGUACGAAGGAGAAUAUCUGCCCGCGCACCACGGCUUCGACGACUACCUGGGAGUUCCCUACAGCCACGACAUGUGCCCCUGCUACGCCUGCUUCCCUGACAAGCCUUGUGAAGGCGGGUGCUCGACAUCACACGUAUCAUGUCCUUUAUUCAGCAAUACGACGAUCAUCGAACAACCCAUGCAGCUGCAGUCUCUCACUGGAAAACUUGUGGACAAAGCCAAACAAUUUUUAAAAGAUAGCGCCCAAGACGACGCUCCAUUCUUCCUCUACAUGCCCUUCAUGCACGUGCACCAUCCCCAGUUUUCCUCCGAAGAGUUCAGUGGAAAAUCCGCGCGAGGGAUUUUCGGCGACGCUCUCCUGGAGCUCGACCACUCCAUCGACACCAUCCUGCAGACACUCGAUACGUUCGACCUCGCCGACAACACCGUCGUGUGGUUCCUCUCCGACAAUGGGCCGAGUUUACGCCGUCAUGAAGGGGGCGGUUGCGCAGGGGCGCUGCGGUGCGGCAAGGGCACGGCCUGGGAGGGCGGCGUGAGGGUUCCCGCCUUCGUCAGGUGGCCGGGGCACAUCGGCCCUAGUCGCACUGGCGAGUUGCUGAGCUCGCUAGAAGUUCUGCCGACCAUCGCUGCGCUCACCGGCGCUGACACCAGCGGCCUCAAGCUCGACGGCUUCGACGCCUCAGAUUUUCUGCUCGACAAAACAUCCGAGUCACCUAGGGAAUAUUUCGCCGUGUACCCUAUGGACCCUUCGCAAGAAACAGGACCGCAUGCCGUGGUCUACAGACACUUGAAGGCUCACUUCUUCACAAUUGGGGAUCUGUUAUCUGACGACCAGAACUACGACGAGAUUUGCACCUCCCGACAUCUUCUCACCGAGCACAACCCGCCCCUCCUGUACGAUUUGUCUGUUGAUCCCGGCGAGCGCUGGAACGUCGCCAACGACACUAGCUUCAAAAUUUCGCUGAUCGAAAUGACUGCGUGGCGCCAAGCGCACAUGGUUGAUAUGACCUGGAUGCCAUCUGUCACGAAUGAUCACGACAAAUACUCGGAGCCCUGCUGCACUGACCAUUACUGCGAACCAUUCCCGUCCUGCUGUGACUGUCCACUGAAAUGAUGAAGCCCUGCUAAUCUGACCGGGGCAGAGAACCCUUUCCCUCCUGCUGCGACUCCCUAUAAAAUGGAAUUACAAACUUAUGCUCGAGUGCACGAAACAAUCUAGAACAGGAGAAAUUUACAUGUUUAACA